CUAUCUUUAUAUUUAGCUAUAUACUAAACACAUAUUUUUUUAUCGUAGAAUAUAAUAACAUGUUAGCACGGUAUGUUGACCGACCAAGUCUGCUGAAGACAGUAAUAUUUUUCCUAAUAAGUUUUACCCACAGUAUUGACGGUGCUGUUAAAAUUCAAAGAAAUCCGUUGACAGAUAGUAUUCUACAUUAUGAACCGUUAAAUUAUCGAAAAGACAUUUUGUAUAAUAAUCAUAACAGGGUUCGGAGAUCAUUGGAUCCACAUAAGAAACUGCAUUUAGAUUUCUAUGCUCAUAACAGAAAAUUCAACCUUCGUCUGAAGAGAGAUGUAAAUCUAUUUUCACAUAGUGCAAAGUUUGGCCGUGCAGAUUUUCAUCCGUCAAAUAUAUAUGAAGGAUAUUUACAUGGAGAUACGAACUCUAGAGUGCAUGGUUUUGUACAUGAUGAUAUAUUCGAAGGAAGAGUGCAUUUUGGUGAUGGAAAUGAAUUUCACAUCGAAUCAACAAAACAAUAUAAUCACUUAGAUCCUACAAAGUUUCAUUCUGUUAUUUAUAAUGUCCGUGAUAUUGUUCACCCAAAACAACAUGUAUGUGGAGGGAUUAUGGCUAGCACACAGCAACACAUGAACCGAACUGUGUGGAAAGAUCUACGAGAUGAUGACUAUCUAACAUUUGCUCCUUCAAAUAGUCAUAAGCGUCAGCGUAGAGCAACUGGAUUCAAUACAGAUUUAACAGAGUGUCAGCUUUUUAUCAGAGCUGACAAAACCUAUGUCAAAUAUGCAAAAAGCGCUGAAAGGGCGAUGUAUUUAAUGACACAACAUGUAAAAUCUGUCAGCCAUCUUUAUUCAGCCACAGAUUUUGACAAGACAGGUGUUCCACAAGGAAUUACAAUUAACAUUAACAGAAUCGAUGUUAUUGAGCAAGAUGCAUGUAAUGCAAAACCAAACUCAGUUGACUGUCAACUCAACAGUGACAACAUCGGUGUAGAAAAAUUUUUGGAUUUAGCAUCGCUUGAAGACCAUGAAAAGUACUGCCUAUCAUAUAUGUUUGCUCAUCGAGAUUUUAAUGAUGGCGUUCUUGGUCUUGCAUGGAUUGGUGAUACUGUUGGUGCUGGCGGUAUUUGUGAUAGAUUUCGAACUAUAAAUGGCAAACAAAAAACUCUGAAUUCUGGAAUUGUUACCAAUCUAAAUUAUGGGAAAACGGUUGCUAGCAAAGUUACUGACAUCACUUUAGCUCAUGAAAUUGGUCAUAACUUUGGAGCUAAGCAUGACCCAACCAGUGGAGAUUGUGCACCAGGUGGUUUGCUUGGAAACUUUAUCAUGUACCCGCGAGCAACGUCUGGCUCUGAUAGCAACAAUUAUAAGUUUUCAUCAUGCAGCAAAGGUUAUAUUUGGCCAGUACUUCAAGCAAAAUCUGCUAUCUGUUUUAAAAAGAAGGGAGCACCGAUUUGUGGCAAUCGAAUUGUAGAGGCAGGCGAAGAAUGUGAUUGCGGAUAUGACGGUGAACAGUCAUGUAAGGACGAUCCAUGUUGUCUUCCAGCAACUGGGAAUGGUGGUUGCAAGUUUAGUCCAACUGCAAAGGAUGUUGAUGUCGACAGGAGAUGCAGUCCAUCGUUGGGUUUUUGUUGUGAUCCGAAAACCUGUGCACCUUACUUGGAUUCUGAGAACAGAGUUUGUUCCACUGCAACUGACUGUGCAGAAGAAUCAAAGUGUGUCUCUUCGACUUACAACUGCACCCAGCCAAUUUACAAAGAUGACAAAAUCACGAAGUGCAACAACGGUUCAAAUGUUUGUAUAAAAGGACAAUGUACUGGUUCAUUAUGUCUUGCUGAAUCUAACAAGGAAGCGUGCCAAUGUAAGACAGAAGCAAAUCUUUGCAAAGUUUGUUGUCAAACUGUGAAUAUGACAAACACGUGUGAUGUUCUCAACCCUGGGCGAGAUCUCCCUGCUGGUUCUCCAUGCAAUCAGUAUCAAGGAUAUUGUGAUAUUCUGUUCAAGUGUCGCAAAGUAGAUGCGGAAGGUCCUUUAUCACGUUUGAAGAAGUGGCUGUUCAGUUCUGACACGAUCGACAAUAUAUUGGACUGGAUGAAGGAGUACUGGUGGGCGUGUAUUCUCAUUGGAUUAGCUUUAGUCUUGUUUAUGGCAGGAUUCAUUGCAUGUUGCAGCGUGCACACACCGAGCAGUAACCCAAACAAACCACCUCCAAGAGCUGUUACUCUCCCAAGAGGAUUGUCAAAACGCGGAAAUCGUCACGCUCAAGCUUCCGCACCACCUCCGCACCACCGACCAGGUGGCAAUCGUCAUGGAAACGCACCAUCAUCAUACGAUGAUUCGCUUCCGGGUUAUAACACUGCUACACGUGACAAUCGACCACCAAGUUACCCUGGAUCCAUGGAGUUGAGAUAAAAAUUUGAUAUUUUGCGGAAUGAGGAAAACCAAAGUUAUUUAAUAACAACGUUUUUUUUCUCACGUUACAGAUUUAGCACAGAUUUUUAUUUAAAACGGAAUUGUAACAAUGUGAUUUUAUGGAUUUUUAUGCGUCUGUUACGGGGCUCGCCUUGGUGAAAGACCGGACGCUGAUUCGGUGAAUAACUCAGAAUUUCAGGUUGAUCAUUUCUACACCAUAAACAUUCAUACUUCUUAUAAAUGUCUGAAACAAGUGCUUGUAAAAAAAACUUUGUGUUGCUAAAAACAAGGUUACUUUGAAAACGAGGGGACUUUAAAACGAGGUCAUUUUUAAAACGAGGGUACUCUAAAAACGAGGUUACUUCGAAAACAAAGUUACCUUAAAAUUAGAUUACUUUAAAAAAUUCGGUUACUUUGAAAACGAGGUUAUUUUGAAAACGAGGUUACUUCGAAAACGAGGUAGAUGCAAUCACUUGAGUUUCAAUCAUUAUUUUUGUUAUUAUUUAUUACGAUUAAAUUGUGGAAGUAGUUAAGAGGUUAUAAACACGACUAACUUUUAUAAAAUGAAGCUAUGUGCAGGUGUUUUAGCGAGCGAAAAUUACUACGUGCAGGACAAUUAAGUUGCUCUUCAAUGUGAACAAUGUGAACAAGAUAUACUCGGAAUAAUCUUGUUUUUAAGAUUAAGAAUAAGGAAAAGGUGGAAUUUUAAACCUUUAAGCUGGAAUGAUUAACGCAUAUUUGCAGGACAGUUUGUGUCCAGCGGUGAAACUGCUAACAGUACAUAGCUGCGUUUGCAAUUUCAUUUUGCAUCUCGUUUGCAUUUCGAGAAUAUAAAACAAAUUUCGAGAAAUUCGCGUUACGGGAACUUUAUGUCAACUGUACAGUUACAAAAAGUUUUCUGAAACAGGAAUCAAUGUGGCUUCUUGUUUUUAAUGUUUUAGCUGCUUAGUUUUUAAAGUUUCUCAUUGAAAUAAGGCCCGUGUAUUUAGCACGAAUAAUUUUUUAUUAUAAUUCCAGAUGUUGUUUAUAUUUCAUUUUGCUUUUGUAAGUUUCAUUUUUCUGGUGAAAGAUUACAACGACCUUAUUCUUACUAAUUUUCGUGAAAAAAGUUCGUUAUUGAGCGUAAAAUUUUUCCGCGCGAAAACUUAAUUUUACUGAAAGACAUGUACAUUUUGUCUAAAAAUUUAAACAUGCGCGAAAAUUGACGCGCGAAAUACUUGUGUUGCUAUUACGGCAAAAUUACACGCGCGAAAUGGAUUUUUGCUGCGAGAAAAUUAGUACGAAUAAAAGAAAUGUUCGUCGUGCUCUUUCUAUCUGUUUGUUUAAAUUUGAGCUGGGUGGUUGAUGAGUAAAACCAGGAAGCGACUGUUAUACUAAAAAUCAUAUUUCUAUAUUGAGGUUUACAAGCAAAGUUUGAUGAAACCCGUUUUUGUAGUCUGAACUUUAAAAUUCUUUAUCAUGAAUUAAAAGUCACCCACACUUCGGAUUUUUAUUUUUUAGUAUGACAGACCAUCUUGGUUGUAAUAUACAUAAGCAUGUUUUGUAUGAGAUUGUUCUGUACGUUGAACACUUAUUUGUUGUAAAUAUAUUAUGUUGGCCUUUCA